AUGCCCCGCGACGCAGACUUUCCGAAUCCAUGGGACCUCCUGGUCAACGAUGACUCCUGCUUGACGCUGGCUACCUUCCGCACGCUGUCGGGGAUUAUCCAGGCGACGGAAACCCUCCCGAGCGACGACGAUUCCCUCCAGCAAUACGCGGGCUUCUCGGACAAUGGCUAUCAAAUCAUAAACAGCGACUGCGUUGGGUUCUUGACCACAAGCGAUGAUGCUGCCGGCCAGGGCAGCGGUUGUCGCAAUAAGCCCAUCACUGAUGGCGGCGGCGGUGGUGGUGAUGCUGAUGAUAAUGACUUGGAUCAACUGUGCGCAUGGGAAAAGAUGACGACGCUCUCCCAGUAUAUCGACGAAUACUCGGAUAAUGCUGGCGCUGAAGACUCUGGAAACUCGUGCUACGGGCUGAUGCUGCGGGAGCACGCAAUAAUAAUAAAGCCGACGACACUAAGACCAAGACGCUGGCUGAGGAUGCAAACUGAUGAGCAGGUUAUCAAGGUGCACGUGCACCUGUAUGGGAUCAUGGCGACGAUGAAGGCAGGAAGUCUGCUCACCCCGUCGGUAGAAAGCAAGACCUGA